AUGGAAGACAGACAAUUCUGCUGUGCUGUCUGUCUGGAUCUACUCAAGGAUCCGGUGACUAUUCCCUGUGGACACAACUACUGUAUGAGCUGUAUUGAAACCUACUGGAAAGCAGAGAACGUAAAAGGAAUCCACAGCUGUCCUCAGUGCAGACAGGCUUUCACACCGAGGCCUAUUCUGGUGAAAAACACUAUGUUAGCAGAGUUGGUAGAGAAAAUGAAAUACCUCCAGCCUAUCCAUGAUUCCCCUGCUUUUGAAAAGCACAAGCUGGUAGACAAGGUGUUGAAAGCAAACACCUGUUCAGUUCACAAUGAGGUGAUGAAGAUGUUUUGCCGCACUGAUCAAAUGUGUGUCUGUUGUCUCUGCUGGAUAAAUAAACAUAGAGGACAUGAAACAGUUCCAGUUGAAAAAGAAAGGGCAGACAAAGAGAAAGACCUGGAGGUAAUUCUGAAAGAAGUCCAGCGGAGAAUCCAGACCAGAAAGAAGGAAGAAGGAGUACUUGAGAAAGAGAUAGAGGGGAUCAAACUGUCUGCUGAUACAGCAGUGAAGGACAUUGAGAUGACUGUUGAUGAGCUGGUGAGUUUCCUCAAAGAAAACGCCUCAAAUUUAAAGCAGCAGAUCAGAUCCCAGCAGAAAGAUGAAACGAGUCGAGUCGAAGAGCUUCAGAAGAAGCUGGAGCAGGAGAUCGCUGAGCUGAGGAGGAAAGAAGAGGAGCUGAAGCAGCUUUCACGCACAGAGGACCACACCGAAUUUCUACUAAGUUACUCCACAAUGCCCGUAUUCAUUGACUCUACAGAUUCACCAAGCUUUAAAAUCUGUCAGGUUAAGUACUUUGAGAGUCUUCAAAUGGUGAUAUCAGAAGCUAGAGAUAAACUCAAAGCAUUUCUGUGUGAUGAACUGUGGAAGAUCACUCUGACAGUGAGGUCAGUGGAUGUUUUGCUGCCACAAAGUGAUCCUAAGACCAGAGAUGACUUUUUAAAACAUUCAUGUCAACUCACGCUGGAUCCAGAUAUAGUUCACAGAAAACUCUUCCUGUCUAAUCAGAACAGAACAGUUACAGACAUGCUUCAAGAUCCAGAUAAUUCCUGUCUUAAGAACAGAGACAGGUUUUCCAUUGAGCAGCAGGUCCUGAGGUUUCUGGGUCGUUGA